AUGUUCCCCACCCUCCCCGUCCUCGCCUCAGCAGUAGCCAAAAUCUCCACUCCCUUCCGCCGCUCCCAACUCGGUCUCUUCCACGGUAAAAUCAAACAAUACGGCAACAACGUCCCGCACUCGAAACACAAAACCAGGCGGACAUGGCUUCCUAACGUCCAAACCAAACGCCUCAAAUCCGAUGCGCUCGGACACGACGUGAAAGUGAAGCUUACGACGCGUGCACUCAAGACGAUCAACAAGCACGGCGGCGUUGACAACUACCUUUUGCGAACAAAGCCUGAUUUAUUGGGUAUCGAGGGAAUGCGCCUUAGGAUCUUGGUGCGCGAAAAGCUUGACGUUAAACGCGUGGAAGACGAGGCUGCAGCGGCUGCUCAAGCGGAGGAGGAAGCGAGGAUACAGCUUGUGAAGGAGAUGAAGGAGGAAAAGCAGAGACGGAGAGCAAAGGUCGCGCAUGCGCGGAAAUCGAGGGAGGUCAGGCAAAAUAUCACUAGUGGAAUUUUUGGUUCGACGGCAUCGAGCACGGCUCGACCUACCGCAUCAUAG